UUCACAUCCACUCAAUUCCUUUCAGAUCCCACGUGUUCUUUGACUAGCCAGGGAGAAAAAUGAUCAAAGGAAAUGCGACACAAUUGAGUCUCAGUUGAAUUGGAUUGUGCAUCCAACAUUUCGGCUUUGUAAGAUUUAUAUGUAUAUCUACUUCCACAUUCUCCAUUCCAAAACCCCAUCAAACGCCAUCCCAUCAACAAAACAAUGUCUUCUCUUCAGGAUAAAGAACUACCAUCAAAAAUUAUGACCGACGAGGAUCGCAAAUUCUUCGGACCCUUGCUCGAUAUUUCAGCCACAUCGCUUGUUGCGCUUGGGUCAAGGGUUUAUGAACAUGUUUUUCAUAAGCAGAGUGAGAAGGGUGAACUGAUCGCCCGCAUUGCCGGCUCAUACAACCUUGUCCACGUUAUCCAAUUAGAUGAUGACUUCAAACUAGUAAUUCGCGUCCCUGCAACUGGUUGGGGCUCCGGCAAGACCGAGACAGCAGCACAUGCACUCGAGUCAACAGUUGCAACGAUGCGUUUCGUCGCGAAAAAUACAUCGAUCCCAGUACCUCAAGUAUAUGACUUCGACACAACUGACAACAACGAGAUUCAGGCUCCAUACAUGUGCAUCAGUUUUGUCUCUGGGAUGCCAGUAUCUCAAGUCUGGUUCAAGGAGCCAGAGGAUAUGUCGCGGGAAGAACUACGUCUUAACAUCUUACGAAAUCUUGCGCAGGUUAUGGCCAAAUUUUCGUCCUUUAGCUUCGAUAAGAUAGGAUCUAUUCAAAGCGAUGAAUCUACCUUACAAUCGCUAGCACCUUGCUAUGAUUGGCAUCUGAAUGAAGAUGGUACGUUGCAGGUUGUGUCCUCCGGCCCCUUUGACUCCGUCUCUGACUACCUCGCACAUCAUUUUAAAGAAGACAAGGACGACGAAUACGGCAAAGGAGGUACGGAACUCCUGAAGGCAAUUAUGCCUAUCUCGAUAACAGAUGGUUCGUCACAAGACUUCGUCCUUCGUCCUCCCGACUUUGAUUCUCAGAAUGUUAUGGUUGAUGAUUUAGGCAACAUCACAGGACUUAUCGACUGGGAUCUUGCCCAAACAGUACCACGACUGGUGGGGUAUGCAAAAUACCCUUCCUGGCUUACGAGAGAUUGGGAUCCUUUAAUGUAUGCUUGGCCAGAAAUGUUAGAGGAGGAUUCCCCAGCGACGCUAAAGGCCUGGCGUGGUAAGUAUAGAGACUUUCUUGGAGAUGCCCUUGACCGGCAAGGAGAUUGGAAGUUCACAUUGAGUUCUCACUUGACGGAGGCAGUGUGGAUAGCUGCCCACCAUAUUCCAAACCGAGUAGAAAUAUGUCGAAAGCUGGUUGAGGAGGCUACAGAUGGAGACGAUGCUGACGGCCUAAGUACCCUCUUUCAAAUUGGGGACGAUUACUUCGAGGAAGAGGAUUGGAAUGUACUAAAUGACGGGAUUAAGCGCUUGUUUUUAUCCCAAGAUAGAUAGCUGUUUUAUAGCUGCCUAACAUCACAUCGUUUGCGAAUGUAAAGAAAUAUUGUUGAUACGAAAUAGAAAUAUAUUGAAUUUUAAAA